AUGUACGGUUUCCGUGCAAUCAUCUUGGCCCUCGCUGCCACCGCCCCCCUCGCCCAGGGGUCGCGUACCAUCAAGUUUUCUGAGGCUGUUGUGUCUCCUGCGCCGACUGCGGGCCCCGUAGUCGAGGCACGCCAAUGGUCUUCUGGCGAGUGGACUUCCCACGUGUGGACGUCGACUUGGAGCCAUGACGACCAAGACCAGGAACAUGACCAGGAAAAUGACCACGACCAGGAGAAUGACCGCGAUCAGGAAGAUAGCCACGAUCAGGAACACGACCACGAUGAAGACGACGACAACAAAGAAUGGAUUUCUACUGCUGCUGUGACCGCUGCGCCCUCUUUCAAGGGAGCCCAAUGGUCUUCUGGCGAAUGGUCUUCCCACGCAAGGACGUCGACUUGGUCGAAUGAUGACCAGGAAGACCAGGACGAGGACCGGGACAGCGAACGACGGGCUGCUCCUGCUGCUCCUGCCCCGACUGUGCUGGCGGCAAAUCCCAUUGCUGGCUUCUUUAAUAAUAUCAUCAGCCGCUUGAGAGUCCUUGAAGACAGCCUCGCAACAGUCACUGUCACUGUCACUGAUGGUGGUGCUACUAUCACCAAUCCUGGUUCCACCACCACUGCCACUGCUACUGCCACUGCUACUGCCACAGCUACUGCCACCGUUACUGUCACCGAUGGCGGUGCCACUAUCACUGAUCCUGCUGCCACUACCACAGUCACAGUCACAGAUACAGAGGAUUCUACUACCACUGUUACUGUCACUGAUGGUGGUGCUACUAUCACCGAUCCUGCUGCUACCACUACUGUCACUGUUACCGAUCCCCAGGAUCCUGUCACUACCACUACCACUUCUACUGCUACUGUCACGGAUCCCCAGGAUCCUGUUACUGUCACCGUGACUGAUGGCGGUGCCACUAUCACCGAUCCCGCUGCUACCACCACAGUCACUGUUACCGAUCCCCAGGAUCCUGUUACUACCACUACCACUGCCACUGUCACGGAUCAACAGGAUCCUGUUACUGUCACUGUUACUGAUGGUGGUGCCACAAUCACCGAUCCUGGCGCCACCACCACCACUACUGCUACCGUUACGGAUCAACAGGACCCUAUUACUGUCACUGUUACUGAUGGCGGUGCUACUAUCACCGAUCCUGGCGCCACCACCACCACCACCACCACUGCUACCGUUACGGAUCAACAGGACCCUAUUACUGUCACUGUUACUGAUGGCGGUGCUACUAUCACCGAUCCUGCUGCUACUACCACAGUUACUGUUACUGAUCCCCAGGAUCCUGUUACUACCACUACCACUGCCACUGUUACAGAUCAACAGGAUCCUAUUACUGUCACUGUUACUGAUGGUGGUGCUACUAUUACUGAUCCUGCUGUCACUACUACUGUCACAGUCACUGAUACAGAGGAUUCUACUACCACUGCUACUACCACCGUCACCGUCACGGAUGGUGGUGCUACUAUCACCGAUCCUGGUGCCACUACCACUGCCACUGUCACUGCCACUGUCACGGAUACAGAAGAUCCUGUCACUGUCACCGUUACUGAUGGCGGUGCCACUGUCACUGAUCCUGGUGUCACCACCACUGUCACUACCACUGCCACUGUCACGGAUACAGAUGGUCCUGAUGCCACUACCACUGUCACUAUCACAAGUACCCAGGAUCCUAUCACAGUCACAGUCACUCAACCUGGUGACACUGUCACAGUCACUGAGCCUGGUGACACUGUCACAGUCACCGAUCCUGGUACCACAGUUACCGUCACCGAUCCUGGUGUCACUACCACUGUCACUGAUCCUGGUGUCACUACCACUAUCACUGUCACAGACCAGCCUGACGCUAUGACUGCCACUUUCACUAUGACCGCCACUACCACCAUCACCGUUGGUAACUUUGAUGUCAGUGUUGAGGCGACCUCGGCCCCGCCCAUGGCCACGUACUACAAGAGAGGUGAAAACUCGACCAACGAGACAUCUACUAGCUCCCGCUCGCCGCGCCCUACCGUGGUGCCGCCGACUUCUGGCGGUGCUGCGAACGCGGCUGCUCCUGUCAUGGGGGCCGUGGCUGUUUUCGUUGCUGCUUGCGUCUUGGCCAUCUAA